AACAAGGUGAGUAAAGCAGCACAAGAUAAGGAAUUGAUGGAAUUAGAAAUAUAUAACUGCUCAAUACAUAAACCUUAUCGUCUGUGUCUAGGAAUGGCCUCUGCUAACACUUCCUGGUCUGAGGAGGACUUUUCAUGUUCCAUCUGUCUGGAUGUGUUCAGCAGCCCGGUUACCACACCAUGCGGACACAACUUCUGCAGAACCUGUAUUACAAAGUUCUGGGAUGAACAAGUCACGUACAAAUGUCCUGUUUGCAACAAGAUUUUCGACACAAAACCUGAUCCACAGGUCAAUAGACUCUUAUCGCAGCUGGCUGCUCAGUUUAGAACAACCGUACGAGUUAAAGAGCAGCCUUGUGUUGAACCAGCAGAAGUUCCCUGUGACGUCUGUACUGGGACCCAGCAGAAGGCUGUGAAGUCCUGCCUAGUGUGUCUUAUGUCUUUCUGCCAAACCCACCUGGAGCCACAUCAGAGAGUCGCAGUCCUGAAGGGACAUCGGCUGGUCGAGCCUAUGGACCGUCUGGAAGACAGGAUGUGUAAGAAACACAACCGACUUCUGGAGCUCUUCUGCCAGACUGAACAGGUGUGUGUGUGUCAGUUCUGCACAGAGAUAGACCACAAGUCCCAUCUUGUUGUUCCUCUGAAGGAGGAAUAUGAAGUGAAGACGGCCCAGCUGGGGAAGAUAGAGGCCGAAGUUCCGCAGAUGAUCCAGGAGAGGAAACAAAAGAUUAAGGAGGUCAAAGACAGAGUAGAACUGAGCAACAAAGUUGCAGACAGAGAGAUAGCCAUUGGUGGGCAGGUCUUCACUGCUCUGAUAGGCUGUGUUGAAAAGUGCCGCGAUGAAUUCAACCAGACGGUUCAAGAGGAACUGAAAUCCACAGAGAAACAAGCUGAAGACCUCAUCAAAGAGCUGGAGCAGGAAAUAGAAGAUCUGACCAAUAGAUGCUCAGAGGUGAAGCAGCUCUCACACACUAAAGACCACCUCCACUUCCUCCAGGCCUUCAGAUCCCUGAAGGAUCCUCCACCCACCAGGGACUGGACCACGGUGGAGGUCCGUCCUCCGUCAUACGUAGGGACCUUGAGGAGAUCCCUGGAUCAGCUGGAGGAGACACUGAACAUGGAGAUGAAGAAGCUGAGUGAUGCUGAACUGAAGAGGGUCCAGCAGUAUGAAGUAGAUGUGACUCUGGAUCCUGAUACAGCUGCUUCCAAUCUCAUCCUGUCUGAGGAUGGGAAACAAGUACAUGAUGGAGAUGUGAAGAAGGUACUCCCAGACAACCCUAAGAGAUUUACAAAGUAUAUAUAUGUUCUCACGAGGCAGAGCUUAUCCUCAGGGAGAUCUUACUUUGAGGUCCAGGUUAAAGACAAGACUUAUUGGUGGUUAGGAGUGGUCAGAGAGUCCAUCGACAGAAAAGGUUGGACCACGUGGAGCCCUGAGACGGGUUACUGGACUCUUUUCUACAACAAGGGUGUUUUUUUAUUUACUGAUAACCCUGAUGUCCGUCUCCCUCUGAGAGCUGAGCUCCAGAAGGUGGGGGUGUUUGUUGAUUAUGAUGGGGGUGUGGUCUCCUUCUAUGAUGUGGAAGCCAGGGUUCAUAUCUACUCUGCUACUGGCUGCACCUUCAGUGAGCCUCUCUAUCCAGUCCUCGGCCCAGGUUCCCGUGAUUAUAAAGGUAACAACUCUGCCCACCUGAUCAUCUCACCUGUCAAUCAAACAGACUAGGACCUUUGUUUGAUAAUAAAACAAAGAAACAACCAAAACAACUAAUGUUGUUUACUGAAUUAGAAUCUCUACUCUGUGAGAUCUGAGAGAACUGCUUUAAUGUCGUACUGCUGACAUUUAACGAGGAGAUGUUCUUUAAGAACAUGAUCGCAGUUGUUGAAUUCAACCCAUUAUAAAUGGUUAGAUUACAAUAUAUCUUAUUCAUGUUUCCUCAAGUUUUUUUUUACGUUUAAUGCUACAUUAAACCUACAAUACCUACAAUAUCUUUUUAAUUGAUCUUGGGGCCCCAGGCCAGCUCGGGGUCCCCUCGAGGGGGAUCCCCAUAACAGUGUCAUUGCACUUUACUGCAUUGACUAUCAAAGGGGCGCUCACACAGUUUGUCGUUGCAUUUUAUUCAUAACCAGUCGUUGUCUUGGGGCCCCAGGCCAGCUCGGGGCCCCAAGCGGUUUGCUUGCCUUCUCGCGACGGGCCUGGUUGUCUCUGACUGAAGGUGAACUCCUCGGUCUGGUUCAUCUGCCCUAAUCUAUCCCCAGUUGUUGAACAUAGCCCAUUUUAAAUGCUUAAAUUCCAAUAUAUCUCAUUCAUGUUUUCUCAAGAUUUUUUUAUACGUUUAAUGCUAUAACAUAGUAAACAGUUGCAUUCAUGUAGAAUAUUUUUAGAUGUUUCAUUUUUAUAAUAAUGACCCAAUAACCUUUUUCUAAACAUCUCUAUUGUAUUAUAUCUACAUUCCAGUCCAAUAGAGUUGUGUAGAAAUACUUCCUCAGUGGGAUUCAAAAAAUAAAUUAGUUUAAAUCCCUUAUUUUGAUCAUUUUGAGAUUGAUGGAAUGUUUAAAAUCACUGAAAGUUUGUAAAAGUAUUUUAUUUUUUGACCAGUAAUUGACCAAAUCUCUACCAUGAAACAUCUCUUCAUGUGUUACACACUUAAACAAAGCUCACAGUGGCUACAUGUAAAGACUCUCCCAAUGUGUGUGAGUACCGUGACUUUGUCUUGUCAGCUGUCCUCUCCUCUCCAACCUCUUCUCCCUCCUUUCUUCUCCUCCUCCUCUCUCUUAUCUCUGCUCUCUUCUGUAACUCGGAUUGUGUUCAUUAUUGUCGUACAUUACAUUACUUUUGGUCUAUGCAAGUCUCCAAGUGUGUCGUUAGUCGCCUUUCAGAAAUAAAGGCACUCAUAGGAUCAAAGAUACGUGCACAACUGUUAAGGAUCUGUAAUAUUUGGUACUAUUCCUUUAGUCAUUCUGUUUAUGAUGUACUUGUAAGUUAUUUUUCAGUUAUAUUUGUUGUUAAAGCAAUAAACAACUCAGUCCAACCCA